AUGGUUUCCUUUGAUGUCACGUCCCUUUUUACUUCUAUCCUGCAGGACCUGGCAGUCGAGACCAUCGAACUACUUCUACAAGAGGAAAACGACGAAACGGAGAAUCGCCUCGGACUCGCCCAAAUCACCCGGCUCCCGAAGUUCUGUCUCAAGACGUACUUUACGUUCGACGGAACAAUCUAUGAGCAGGUGAAAGGAACGCCAAUGGGUUCACCGAUUUCGGAACUCAUAGCCGAGGCGGUCCUACAACGGCUGGAUUCGCUGCACUUCCGACACCAGAGACCGAAGUUCUGGGCUCGGUAUGUGAAUGACACCUUCGUCGUCAUCGAACGGGUUCAGGUGCUGACGUUCAAAGAACCUCUCAACACCGUCUACCCGAAAAUUCAGUUUACGAUGGAGAAGAAGGAGGAGGAAAACAAUAAGCUGGCCUUCCUGGAUGCCCUCGUCUGCCGCAAAGAUUGUGGUAGCCUAAAAACCAAAAUGGUCAGGAAAGCAACAAAUGCGACGCAAAUACUGAACUUCAAUAGCAACCACCCGAUCAGUCACAAACGCAGUUGCGUAAGGGCGCUAUACCGGCGCUUUGAGACGCACUGCAGUGAAAUGAAAGACAGAGUUGCUGAAUUACAAUAUCUUCGACGGGUAAUGAGAGCCAAUGGCUACCCGCACAACUUUGUUAAACAGUGCAUACGCAAAGGACACCAGAGACCAAAUCCAACCGGCCCCAAAUUUUGGCGGCCCUUCCGUACGUGA